GAAGUCUUUCGUUGAUCAACUGGAGCGUCUGAACGCACCCCUUAGUAAUGAGUUAGCUACGGAUGUGAUCCUUAACUCGCUACCCAAUUCAUAUCAUCAGUUCGUAAUGAACUAUAACAUGAAUGGGUGGGAAAGAACGAUCCCAGAGUUGCAUCAGAUGCUAAAAACUGCUGAGACAAACAUCCCAACUAAGGGCAAUCCAGUGCUGGCGAUCAGGGAAGGAAGAAUUACCAAGAAGAAGCAAUCCAAAGGAAAAGGCAAGGCGAGUAAGCAAGACAAGGGCAAAGGCAAAAAGGUUGCCACUCCAAAGGCAAAGCCUCAUAAAGAUGCCAAGUGUUUUCACUGUGAUGAGAUCGGGCAUUGGAAGAGGAAUUGUCCCAAGUACCUGGCUGAGUUGAAGCUUAAGAAGCUGCAGAUUGGAGAAUCCUCAGGGACUAAAAAGGAUUAGGAAGCUGAAGCAGGGUGACUUAGAGCUGCACGUUGGGAACGGGC